GUCCAAAGCAUCCGCACGCAAAGACUCCUUUCAAGUUAUAUCAGAGGUCGUUACCGCUUACUGUAUACACUAGCCAUUCGUCAAAGAAGAAGUAGGCUCGGUGGAGCAAAAGCAAAACAUACAGCAGCAGGGAUUCCCACGUGGUCACCCACCGUAGUACUAAUCUGCCGUUCAACUGCUUAUGUAUGGCAGAGCGGACGGGAUGCCCAGUUUUCAGCUGACUGUGGCCGUAUGUGUAUAAUUCGUUUCCAAAACUGAUUAUAUAGAGAACAGAUAAUAACUUGGUGGCGUGGAAAUGUCUGAAUAACCACCUAUGUAGCCUCCUGGUCACGCGUGUAGCUGUAGAAUUGCACAAACUCAGCAACUUCAGGGGUAGCCUCCACUGAGAGCGUGAUGGUCAGCGUCUCUCAUCAAAGGGCUAGACUGGUGUUGAAAACAUUGUGCAUUUCUACGGAACAAACAAC